AUGGCAGAUUUCAGGAAAUUGGCACUAGAGUAUGUCCUCAGCGACGACCUCAAGAGACAUGCAUCGAUCACCAAGGAAGCAUCUUCAGCAAUACAAUCAGCACCUAGACCCAGCAAUCCUGUGGCGAGAUGGGUUGAGUCCAUCAGGCCGUGGAUGCCCAAUGCCAAUGCCGACCAAAUGGAAGACAGCGAGGAUGGAGAGUCAAGUGGCGACAUCAUUGCCCGCUCCAAAGCCCUUGGCUUCCUGGCAGGGACAUUGGAACAUUUGGACCCCGGCUUUCUGAAGGCAGAUCAAGUGAAUCUCCUUGUUGCAUUCUUUGGCAGCAUGUUCAAGGUCGAUCACAAAGCAGGCAUUAUGCCAGCCGCCAAAGCACUCGACCGAACGACCAGUAUGAAGGCAUUUCAGCCCUCCAAAGGGAACGACAUCAUUCAGAGUAUUUGCAGUCUCGGUGAUGACUUCAAAAAUCAGGUUGCAGAGACUCGCGCCACGGUGUAUGAACUCUUGGACCAUCUCGUCACCAACCCCGAUGUUGCAAGCGAGUUGCAGUACCAGCACGGCGCUACUACCGGCUUCAUAACGGACUUCCUACAGCUUUGCCGCAACGAGAGAGAUCCUAAAUGCUUGAUGAUCUGGUUCAAGAUCCUCAAGACAUUCCUUGCCGACUAUUCCCCUGCACAAGAGCUCGUGGACGAGAUUUUCGGCAUUUUUUCAGCAUAUUUCCCAAUCUCACUGAGAGCAUCGCAACAUCCAUCUGGUAUCACCGCAGAUGACCUCAAGUCUGCACUGCGAGAAUGUUUCUCUGCGCACCAUCGGGUCGCAAGCAAGGCGAUCCCGUAUCUAAUUGGAAGGCUCGAUCAAGGAGAUAGUGUGACUGUUGAUAUUCUCAAAACGCUGACCGCCUGCCUGAUGAAGUAUGAGCAUGUCCAGCAAGGAAUUACGCCCUUCGUUGAGAAGAUCUGGGGCAGUCUGAAGUACGAGGUACGCAACGGAGAAAUUGAGGACACGAUCAACGCUACGCUCGAGGUCAUUCGUACCAUUGCCAAGAGACUCUCAGGUGACGAGCUGAGAGACUUCGCCCUGACCGUCCAGCGAGACUGCUUGGAAGACCUCGCCAACCCGAUAUACACGGCAGCUUCAGGCAAACUGCUUAUCAGCGUGCACAGCGCGAAGCCCUCAGCGUUUGCUCUUAUGAUCGCUCCCUCCAUCACCCAUGUCAAGGACAAUCUUCGUCACACGAAGUCACCCGAACACACCAAAAAUCUGUUGAUUUUGCUCAAUUCUCUCCUUGAAUUGAGACAAGCUCUUAUCGGUGGCGGGGCGGAACUGUCCGUUGACGACGCAGCUGCUUUCAAGGCAACAGAGCCGAUGCUUGCACCCCUCUACAAACAGGCAUAUCUGCCUCCCUUUCAACAAGCAAUCCAAGACGGUGCACAGAAGGAAGAAACCGCCAUCGGACAGCAAGCUAUCAAGGGUAUGGGCCUCAUGGUAUGCCAGCGCGCCGCUCAGACAGAAUUGUCCACACAGCCUAUGCUUCCAGAGGCCACUCUGUCCGAGAUUUGCGAUGAUCUAGCAAGUGUGAUCCUCAAGGCGCCAGAGAGAUACGCUACAGACGAGCUUCAGGCUAAUAUAGCCGACGAAGCGGUGCUUGCUCUCCAGAAGGCAACCACAGCUUACCCGCCAGCUCUGGAAAAACUGGUCGAGGACAGCUUCAGAGUAUGCGAGCCGUAUCUUGCUUCUCCUGAGACGUCGGCCACUGGCUUGAUCGGAACUCUUGAGCAGAUCAUUCCUAAGCUAGCUUUCAUCAGCUGCUCUCAGGUACCCAGCAAAGCAAACAAGUUCGGCAAUUACAUCCUUCUACUCGGUGUACUGUUGAAGAACCUGCAGUCUAUGCUUGACAUCAAGGCACCUCCCCAGGUUUGGUCAGUAUUCGCAUCUGGGAUUCAGAUGACGAUGAGAUACUACAGAGAUGCUAUCCAUGCACUCGUUCCCCGAUCCAGCGCCCUCAACUUCAAAGAUAAGCGCUUCCACCCCGAGACGUGGGUCAACUAUGUAGCAGCUCGAUACCCCCAGCUGCCCCGUGUUGAUGGCGAGAGUUCCGAUUCGGUUGCUGCUGUUGACGCUAUGGAUGUUGACAGCAAAGAACAACCUCUGGAGAACGCUAGCGAUGAGCUCCAUGGAGAUUUUACUCUGAUCAGUUUGUUUGUGGUACGACAACUCUACAGAAGGGCGACGAGGAUCGUCAGCUACGCGGAUGACACUGAGCUGUCCCUUGAGCUAAGUACCGAUUUUGUGAACAAGGACCCUGACGCGCGCAACUUUGAGGACUGUUAUCUGCAUUAUAUCAGCACCAUGGCCUCCUUUGUCAUUCGGGAAAUGAAUGAACUGGAGCAGACUGCGCUGCUCCUCAAUGAAGAGGUUGUAACUCUCUUCCGCGGCGAUGACGAAUACUUGCACAGCGACCCUACUCAUGCACACCCCUGGGCCAAUGCUCAGUUGCGAGAUGCCAUGUUGCGAACUGUCAGCCCAGCAAAAUCUUACAGCAUGCGCGAUCCCCCCAAAUUUCCUAUUAGUGGCUUCAGUCAAGGCCGUGCUGUUGUACUCUCGUUGGGUAUUGUUCAGCCCUUGCAUCCCACAGCUAUUCAACGCUUGGUCGAGAGAGGAACAGCCCACCAGAUUCUAAUUGCAGGUCUACUGUCCCGCGAUCAUUCAGCUUCUCCUCGUUCACGCCACAUUGUCGCUCAUAUCCUGACGAUUCUUGCCAACAAGUAUCCAGUCGAGAAGCUGAGCGAGAUAGUGGCAAUGAUUGAGCAACAGAUGAAGUUUGUUGUUGGCGAUGGAAGUCUGUCAGAGGAAUCGGAGAACGAAACUGGCUUCCUUGAGCACGAGGCAAAGAGGAUCCCAGGAGAAACCCCGGCUCAGGCGCGGGCUAACCUGGCAAGGCCUGUCUAUGCUAUCACUGCGGGUGUUCUUCGAAGGUACACAGGUAAUGCCUUUAAACAGGUUCUUUCGGCUAUCCAACUCGGCCCUGCCAACAAGGAGACUGGCCACAUUCUUGCCCGCAACUUUGAGAUCAUUUUCUCUCCUUAUGGCUGUCUGGCAAAGGAGUACUAUGGACAAGCCAAACCUUUGUGGCUUCAGAGGGCUUACUUCGAGUUGAUCAAGCCCAUGCUGGCAAAGGCUUGGCCCGCUGGUUCCAAUAGUUCCGAGGACAUGCUGGUGGCUGCAAACUAUAGUAUUGCUGUUCUUGCUGCUGUCAAGCAUCUCCCCUUCAACAUCUACGAGGACGAUACAGAGGAUCUGGUGAGACUCGUGCUUUGCGCUGUCCGCUACCUGCCCUCUGGUGGAGAUGUGCAAGCAGGUCUCAAGGUCUUGGAGGAAAUCGCCCAGAGAUCGCCUGAACGCAUCAAGCCUUUCCUUAAGAGCAUCAUCGAGGCUUGCAUCUCUAUUUACACCCGAGGCGGCUCCCAGAGCGAGGAUUCAGCGUGGAUGCCGGCCGGGUAUAUGCCGUUCGACCAUUCGGACAUCAGCCAGGCGCAAUGCCGAUAUCUCGUCGUCCGUCUCCUGGGUCUUUUGCCUCCCCAGUUCGAGGACCGUCAUCUGCUUGACUCUGCGGCACAUGUCCGUCGCGUACUGUCGCAGUCAUCGGGUGAUCGAGUGCGGGAGGUUCGGAAGGCUGCUCUUGUUGCACGUGCGGCUUGGGCAGAGGUCAAAUAA